AUGUCUAACGUGGGUUACGAUCUUGAUACUUCGGGUGGCUUAAUGCCUCUCAUUCGUGCUCUUAUAAAACCGCCCGAUGAAGAUUUGAACGCACAAAAACCAAAAAAGCCUCAACAUCCAUAUUACAAAAGGCCUGGUAAAGGACAUAACCAUGAUUCCUGUGAUGCGUGCAGUGAGGGUGGAGAUUUAAUUUGUUGCGACCGUUGCCCUGCCAGCUUCCAUCUUGGAUGCUAUGAUCCACCUUUGGAUGAGAGUGAUAUCCCAGCAGGGCUGUGGUUGUGCCGAGAAUGUCGUGCUGCAGAUGAGCGACAGUCCUCUUCGCGUGGCUCCCGUGCACAAUCACCUGCUGAUAAGUCUGACACCGAAAAGAAGUCAAGGUCUCUUCGGAAUAGUAGGGCCAAUUCAUUAACUAAAAAGAAGAACAAUGAAGGCAGUAAGGAACCAGAGGAAGAAGAAGAGAAGAAAGAACUCACACCAAUGGAAAUUCUGGUGAAAGCAGCUAAGGUUAUGAAUCCCAAACAGUUUGAGCUACCGCGUGAGAUGAGAAUUCCUUGCAUUUUUCCUGGAACAGAAAAAGAGGGCAGCAAGAACGGUGGGCCAUCAGUGGUGACCGUGGACGCGUGGGGCUGCGUGCCGCUGCCGGCCAAGUCGUGCUACGUGUGCCGCGCCACCUGCAAGGCGGCACCGCUGCUGCAGUGCGACUACUGCCCGCUGCUGUUCCACCAGGAUUGUCUGGAUCCGCCACUCACCGCCCUACCAACUGGCCGUUGGAUGUGUCCCAACCACGUUGAAAAGUACAUUGAUUGGAAGCUGGUGAACUCGAUCUCAAUGACGGAGCGCGUAGCGCUAUGGGAUAAAUUCUCAGCUCCGGUGGAUCAGCAUGCCAUCAAAAUAGAUUUCAUAAGGCGAGCGAGACGUGCCCGCCCGGCUUUCCGGCUGAAGGCAUGGGGAAUACGGGGGCGCGUGGUGGUGCCGGGCAUGGUGCGGCUGCACUACCGCCGCCCGCCGCCGCUGCUGCCCAGCCGCCGCGACCACGUGCGCUGCACCGCCGUGCUCCAGAAACUGAAAGCCAGCGGCGUGUACACGGAGUCUGAGGACGAAGAUGGACCCAAGCACCAAAUCUGCAUGAACACAGCGUGCCCGCAGUACUCUGGAGAAGGCCCGUGUCCGCUGCAAGGUGCGAGUGAAGAAGAUGCUGCUGAUGACCUUGAAGCUAUUACUAAACCUAAGAUUGAAAAAGGCGACUCAUCGAGUGAGCUUUCAGAUUCCGAUUUUGAGUACCUGACAAGUAAAGUGAAAAGACGUCGGGUGUCCACUGAAGGGAAGGCUACGGGAAAGCGGGCAGGCAAGAGUGAGCGUUUGGAGUUGAAGGGUGACGAGGGUGUAGAAGAAUUGUUGGCCACUGUGGAGGAACAAUUGAAGAAGUUGGAUGAAAGGCUGAUUAAGUUGCUUGCUUGGCAGCAGUUGCAACAGAUCGCGUGCGGCGAGGUGGCGGCGGGCGCGUGGCGCGCGUGCGGCGCGGGCGCGGCGGCGGGCGCGCGGCUGCUGCGCGGCGUGGACCGCGCGCGCCUGGCGCGCCUGGGCGUGCGGCGCGCGCAGCUGCCGUCCGAGCUGCUGGCGCGCGCCGACCGCGAGCGCAUCGCGCGCCUCGUGUGGGGCGCGCCGCCGCCCGCGCGCCGCCCCGGCCCGCCCCCCGCGCCGCCCGCGCCGCCCGCCGCGCGCGACCUGCCCGUGCGCGCCACGCUCUGCCCCGUCAAGCCUGGCAGACACGGCGGCGACGCUGCGAUUGGUACAGCGAUCGCGAUGCGGCUGUCCAGCAUCAGCAUCGGCUGCGAGGGCUGCGACGUGCCGCUGUCGGCGCGAUGCCGCCACGCGUCGCGCUCGCACGCGGUUAUCUUCUGCGAUGAGGUGACGGGCCACUUCGAGCUCAUCAACUACUCGGAGUUUGGUAGCCGCGUAAACGGUGUGCUGUAUACUUGCGACGCGGCGCCUCGUGACCGCCCGGGACCUGGUGGUGGUGGUACAGCUGGUGGUGCUGCCGAUGCUGGAGAGGCAGAGCGCGAGGCGGAAUUGCGUGCGCUCGUCAGCCGCCGGCAACCAAAACCCUUCCGUCCGAACGGGUCGCUGACGGUGCGUCCUUCGUGGGAAGACGAGGAGGGGGAGUGCAGGUGCGAGGGAGGGGGUGCGGCGGCGAGUGCGGGCGCGUGGGAGGGCUCGGCGCUGCUGCAGCACGGCGCGCUGCUGCAGUUCGGCUGCCACAUGUUCGUGUUCAGCGUCGCGCACAGCACCCCGCCCUCCGCAUCACCUACAUCACCCGCAUCGCCCGCAUCACCCACAUCACCGCCACGCUGA